AUGGGUUUGGCGCCUAAAAAAUUAAUAUUUCAUUCUUCUUCGUCUGCAUCUGCAUCUGUGGGCUCAGAUGGAGAUGAUGCACCAGCUGCUGCUGCUGCAGUGAGCAAAAUAUCAACCCUGCAAUUACUCAAUCAAGCUGACCAAAAACAACCACAUGCAGUGUUAGAGAAGACUCAACAACAAGAAGAUGAUUCUACCUGUGUUCCCCACUCUAAAACUAAAGACGUACUAUUAAAAGAGAAUCAGACUGCAGAAGCUGGAGAAACAGCGGGCGAUGAACCAGCAUUGAAGAAAAUUGGAGAACAGGAGGACUCCAAUUCCAAUUCUGUGGGCCCCCAAAAAAUUAAUACGAUGGAUGAAGAUGAUGCAAUUUCUGAAGCACCAGCUUCAACAGCUUUGGACAAAAUAUCUAAACAGCGAGUGCACAAUCAAGCCGACCAACAAAAACACUCCGAAGCAGCAUUGGAGAAGACACAAGAACCGGAAGAUGACCAUAACUCUGAUUCCAAUUCUAAAGCUCAAGAAAUAGCACCACUGGACAAGAAUCAGACCACAGAAGCCGAAGAAAAAGGGGUUGAAAAUGCAGCACCGGAGAAAACUAGAGAACAAGCCUCCAGCUAUGGUUAUAAUUUUGAGAGCCUUCAGAAAGACAAAGCCAUCAUGGUUGUUGAACCAUUGAAGCCCACAGAAAAUCCUCUUGAAUCCAACAAAUUGACCGACAUUCAAGAAACUAAUAGGAAGAAACCCCUAGCUUUUUAUGGCCAUAUCUUCACGGAUGACGAUGUCAUUGUUUUGCUUCAAGGUAUGAUCGAUUUCAAGUCCAUGCAUGGGGAUAAAAACAUGACUGAUUUUUAUUUUUUCAUCAAGGACAAGCUUUCCACUCAGUUUACAAAGAUUCAGAUCACCGAAAAAUUUCGAAGACUCAGAAAAAAGUUUGUAGGAAACUUCAAGAAAUCUGCAGAGAAUGGUGGCUCCCGGGAUUUCUCUAAUCCUCAUGACUCAAUUGUUUUCGAGCUUUCGGAUAAACUUUGGGGAAAUGAUGGGUGUGAUAAAAAGCUCAUCGUAGAAAUCAAUGAGAAAACAAGAAAGCGCAGAAGAGUGGAGUUGGGGUCCAGAAAAGAAGAUAAAAAACAGAAAGGAACUGCUGAGGAUAAAUUCGAUAUUGAUAUGGAGUUAAAGUAUCCAUUAGUAUAUCCAUCGCUCAAUCAAAAUAUAGGAUUCAUUGCACCAGAUAUGCUCAAGAAGAACUGGACCUUGAAGGGGAGUACCAAUUCAAGGUAUAGUGGGGCAGAAUGGGAAAAACUUAUGAUAAAGGAGGUGGAGCUCUACUGUAAGAAGUUAGAUUUGAUGAAGGAGAUGACGGGUGCUGUUUUGCGAUCUCUUAAAGGUUAG